AUGGCCGCGAUUAGAAAAAAGCUUGUGAUCGUCGGUGACGGAGCCUGUGGUAAAACUUGUUUGCUGAUUGUCUUCAGCAAAGAUCAGUUCCCAGACGUGUACGUUCCAACUGUUUUCGAAAACUACGUUGCGGACAUUGAAGUGGAUGGAAAACAGGUUGAGCUAGCGUUGUGGGAUACAGCUGGUCAGGAAGAUUACGAUCGUCUACGUCCAUUAUCAUAUCCAGACACCGAUGUCAUACUCAUGUGCUUCAGUAUUGAUUCACCCGAUUCACUGGAGAAUAUUCCUGAGAAAUGGACUCCAGAGGUAUACAGUUUUACAAUGUUCGCGUAG